UUGAUUGAGAAAAGGAAAAAAAAAAGAAUAAAAAGACAAAAGAGAGAAAACCAGUUUGGAGCGUUGGUUAAAGGCUUUUCUCCUUUCGAUUGAGAUCAACCUCAACAACACCAACGCUGUUCGAAUCCAACAAGCUACCCCUAAAUCCACGUCCAAUCUCACCGACCCAUCUCCUUUCUAUAGCAUUCUUCACCGAUCCACACUACCUAGGUGAUUCUGCCGAAGUGGACGUAAAUUUGCAUGCACUCUGGUGGAUAGCAUAGAAUACACACAGACACACACUCAUAUACAUACAUACGUGAGGUGUGAGAGUUAAGGUUGGGUGAUCCAUGACGAUGAAGAGGCUGGUGAGAGUGAAGAGGGAUGCGAUUGCAGCAUGCAUGACUUGCCCGCUUUGCAACAAGUUCCUCAAGGAGGCCACUGCCAUUUCUCUUUGCCUUCAUACGUUUUGCAGGAAGUGCAUUUAUGAUAAAAUUACAGAUGAAGAAUUGGAAAAUUGUCCAGUAUGCAACAUUGAUUUGGGCAUUGUUCCGCUGGAGAAAAUGAGGCCAGAUAACAGUUUGCAGGAUUUAAGGAACAAAAUUUUCCCUUUCAAUAAAAGAAAGCAGAAGGCACCUGUAGCCAUCCCUUCAGUACUAUUACCAGCUAGAAGAAAGGAAAGAUCACUGUCAUCUUUGGUUGUCAACACUCCAAGGGUAUCUACACAAUCAACCAUGACAGGGAGAAGAACAAAACCUACAAGAAAGGCACUAGGCCUGCAGGGCUCUGGUUUCUCUGUUGAAAAGCUCAUUAAAAAAGAAGAGGAAUUACUGGAAGAUCGCCAAGAUAGUUCGUGCUCACCUGACACUUCAAACAAGUCUGCAAAGAGUGCGGGACAGAGUUUGUCACCUUGUAAAAAUAGUCAAUCCAUAUGCAAUAGAGGACUGCAGAAUGGUGCUGAAACACAGGAAGCAAAAUGGGAUCUUUGGAAAACUUUGAAUUAUUUAGCAGAGGCUGCAAGUAGGAGUAAGUCUUUCAAGUCUAAUGUGCAAUCGUCUAAUGCUAAACCAGAAUCCGUGAAAGUAAAUGACAGCGAUAAUAAAGUGCUGAAAGGCAAACAUGAGGAAAAUAAGCGCAAGGCAAAAGUUGAAGAUGAAAAGAUUAGCACUGAUCAUGUCUCUCCAGAUACAGCAAAACCCAACAAACUGCGAAGAGUUCGCCCAAAAAAGGAACCUGUUUUUGGAGAAUCUAGAAUAUCCCCUCAGGCUGUUCUGGAUGCUAAUGAUAGUAACCUCUUAUGGAAUGACUCAAUUUGGUUCUCCUUAGCAGCUUCUGAAAAUCAGGAAGGAGAUGCACCUUUACCCCAAAUUCCUUCAAGUUAUGUAAGAAUAAAGGACGGAAGCAUACCUGUCUCAUUUAUCCAAAAACUGUUAAUGAAGAAACUGGGCCUGAAAAGUGAGGAUGAGGUUGAGAUCAAAUGCAUGGGACAUCCUGUGCUUCCUUCACUACAGGUACAGAAUUUAGUUGAAUUGUGGCUUGAUACGGCAUCUACAGGCCACAGAAUUCCUGCAACCAUAGGAUCCUCAGGGAAAGAUUUUGUGAUGAUCCUAACCUAUGGUCGGAAGGUCCAACAACCUUGACCAUGAGUUGCCAAUAGCUACAGUACCAUGUAGCAGGAUAAUAGGCUGAAUAAUUAUGAGGAAUCUCCUCUCCUUGUAGAAUGCUAAAUGUGGAGUAGCAGAGGAUGAUGUUGAGUUAGUUAUGGUAGUGAUUGAUUUUUAUAGAGCAUGCCUUUUCAUUUGCACACUGGCUGCCACAGAUGGUUUCUUUCUUGGAUAUUUGCCACAAAAUCACAUUAUAUCUUCUUGUUAAAGCA